UGGUGGGAAGCUGAGCCGUGGGGGUCGCGAGAGUCGGCGUGGUUGCUGGAGCGGUGGGCUGUGCGCGGCCUGCGCUCAGAUUAUUUACAUUUGGGCCACACAGAAAUGAAAAGAAAAGUAGCAAAUGCUGGCAAGCUGAGAUUGAGUCCUAAUGAGGAAGCGUUCAUUCUGAAAGAAGAUUAUGAAAGAAGACGAAAGCUGAGAUUGCUACAGGUUCGUGAACAAGAAAGAGAUAUCGCCUUACAGAUACGAGAAGAUAUAAAACAGAGGAGAAAUCGACAGUUUUCUCGUUUAGCAGAGGAACUAAGGGCAGAAUGGGAGGAAUCACAAACUCAGAAAAUACGAAACUUGGAAAAACUAUAUUUAGCCAGUUUAAGAACUAUGGGAGAGGGACAUCGACAAGCCAAAGAAAAUGAACCUGACUUUGAUGCUUUGGCACGCCGGGCUGCAGAAAGGAAACGAAAAGCACAAGUGAGGCAUAAAGAGGCCCUAAAGCUACAGAAAAGUCAAAAGGAAAUGGUAGCAAAGGAAAAAACCUGGCAUAUACAAACGCGAAAGGAAGCACUACUUGUGGAAAAAGAGAGAUCCGCCAAAAUUGCAAGUUUACCACCUCCUCCGCCAACUCUUUUUGAGAACAUUGACAUAAAAAGAAGUUCUGCAGUAAAGCCCAGUAGUUCCACGUACCAUCAUCUGUCCACAUUUGUGAGUAGAGAGACACACACAAAGCAGACAGAUGCUCAUGUGGCUGCUGAGGAAGAAGCUAGAAGAUUGGAUAAACUACAAGAGCAGGCGGCCCAAGAGAGAAAGGAGCAGUGUGAAAAGGCACACCUACGGGGUUUCCAAGCAAUGCAGAAGAUCCACUUGGCUCAAAGUCAAGAGAAAGUAAUGAAAGAGCUCCAACAGCUACAACAAGAGGACCUGGCACGUAGGAGACAGACGGUAGCACAGAUGCCGCCUCAACUAGUUGAGCUUCCAUACAAACGCAGUGAAAUGAAAGAAGACUGGCAGAGAGAAUUGGAAUUUGCCUUUGAAGACAUGUACAAUGCUGACAGGAAGGUGAAGGGAAACCUGAUUUUACACCUUGAACCAGAGCCUUUGCCUACUGUUACUGAUCAGAUUCAAGAUGAAGAACUGGAUCUUUCCGUGGAACAAGAACACGAAGAUGAAACUCAGAACCUUCAAGUAACAGAAGCUAAAAUGUCUAGUGAACCAGAAGUUCCUUUUGCAAUGAAAACCAAGCAAGUCUCUUCAAAAAUUAUUUUUAAAAAAUUAUUAAAUAAAAUACGAAACCAAAAAUCUCUCUGGACAAUUAAAUCCUUGUCUGAGGAUGAAAGUGAAGUGAUCACAACUGUUAAUGAAAUUGAGAGUAAGGCGUCAACUGCUGCGUCGGGGACCGAGCAGGAACAAGAGGUCGAAGGUGAUAGGGGAACGAUUGAGUCGGGGACGCUCACCAGUGAAGAUGCUCUGCCUCCAUGCCAGAAAGAGCCUGCAGUGGGACAAGAAAUAAAUGAGACUCUGCCUGCCACAACUGCGGCUCCGAGUUCAGUCCUCCUCCAUCCUCAAGAAGCAGCAGCCAGACUUAGAAUGUCCGCAAGGCAGAAACAGAUAAUGGAAAUAGAAGAGCAGAAGCAAAAGCAGCUGGAAUUACUUGAACAAAUUGAACAACAGAAGUUAAGAUUAGAAAUUGACUGCUUCAGGGCUCAGCUGGAAGAAGAAAAAAGGAAAAAAAGUCAGCAGACUCAGGAUGGUGCUGCUCCAGUAUCAUGCACUGUACUUCCUGAUGAAGACAGUCAUAGGCAGAUGAUUCGCAAUUAUCAACAUCAGCUUUUACAACAAAAUAGGUUACACAAGCAGUCUAUUGAAACAGCCAGGAAGCGAUUACUUGAAUAUCAGUCUGCAUUAAAGGGAAGACACUCAUCCAUGUCAGCCACGUCACUGGUGCCGGAUUCUGUUGUAUCGGCAUCGCCACGGAAAUCUAGAAGGCAUCCUGCCAUCACAGAAAGCUGGGAUCACGGUCAGAGACCCAGGUUGAGCCCUAACAAAUAUCAGCCAACACAGCUUCUACGUAGCUCCAAAUCAGAACCUGACCAUUUGCAGAUGCAAAGGCAAAAUCACUUUCAACAGAAACAGGUAGAAACAACAGAAACAUUAAGCACUCCAGAUGUUCCAGCCACGCGGGCUUUAGAAUCACAGGAACUUGGAAGGCAGUUCACACAGACUGAAACACAACAGAGAGACUAUGAAUAUUCUAAGCCAGCUGAGCCUUCCUUGUUCCUGCCGCUGGUUCCUCAGCAUUCUUUUAGUUCUUUGCCCAUUAAAAUUGAAUCUGGAAAAAUCCAUGAACCAUUUGCAACCAUGAGCAAAAGUACAGCUACAAAAAGCCAUUCUAUAAUCAAUCAAAUGCAGAGUAGACCUUUGCCGUCCUCAGAGACUAUCACAACACACCAGCAUCGUCUGAAGUUUCUCCAAGAACAGCUGGACCUACAGAAGGAAGCUCUCCAGGCAAGACAGGAAGCCCAGGAACAGCUGCUCCUGUGCAAACAGAAACAACUGGAAGAACAAAUUGGUUUCUCUCUAUUUCUUCCAUUGGAUUCAUCUGCUUCACUGCCUUGUGCCAAAGCUGAAUCUGGGAGAAUUCGGGAAUCUUCUGCAGGCAAGGACAAUGCUGCACUUUCCUCAGGAGAUGCUAUGGUUGCACAACCUCAGGAUAAGCAUUUGAGUUUUUCACAGUCUGUUUUAUCACAGCAAGCUAAUUUUAAAUUUCUUCAAGAAAAGUUGAAUAUUCAGAGAGAUAACCUUCAGGCCAGGCAAGAAGCCCAGGAGUUACUGUAUAUUCGCAAACAAAGUGAAUUGGAUGGAAGAGUAGGUUCUGAACAGGCUGAGCAAGCCACUGUCCCAGUUCAGGUCAAUCAGCAUAUUUUUGCCUCACCACCACCUCUUGACACAAAAUCUAGAAAAAUCCAGGAAGGGGAGCAGUUGUUACCCAAAACUGAAAAAGGACUUCUCUCAAACCAGGAUGAUAUCCGAAAACCUCAAGAUGAGUCAAGUUUACUACAGCAGUUCCUUCCUCUUCAUGAUAGCUUGAGGUUGCUGAAAGAGCAGCUGGUUACACAGAGUGAUGCUCUUCAGGCUAGGCAUGAAGCUCACAUGAAAUUGCUUGCAGGUAGACAAAGGGAUUUGAGGGACAUUAGACCUGUGGGGAUGAGCUCUUCAUUCUCACCAGUGGUUUUUGAGCAUUCUCUCCCUUUUCAAGAUCCUGCUAAAGCUGAGACUAGGAGAAUUGACAUGCCUUAUUCAUCUCAGAAGGAGCCUGUGAGUCCUAGUCAUAGGAGAGUCCCAGCAUUCCAGGAUAAGUCGUUGAGUUUUCCGCAGCAUCGUCUGCCACAGCAAGCUUUGACAGCACUCGAAGAACAGUCACACAUACACAAGGUAAUACUUGGUGCCGGGGAGGAAACUCAACCUGAACAAAGUGAAUUAGAAAAAAGAAUUUCUUCUGAACAAUCUGGCAUGUCUUCAUCACUCUCCCAAGUUACUGAUUCUGGAAGAUUCCAGGAAUUUGUGUCAUUUAAGAGUAACAGUACAGGUCCAUUAAGUCAUCCCAAGAUCCCAAGAUUUCCCGAAAGAGUUCUGGAAUUUUCACAACAUGUGCUACCUGUACGAGAUAAUUUGAAAGAACAGCAAGAAAAGGUGGACGCAGAAAAAGCAACCUCUUGUUUUAACCGGAAUACCCAAACUGGCUUGCCUUCCUUCAUGCCCCGGUUAGGGCAUCUUUCAUCUGCUUUCCUACCUCCCGCUGAGCUCAGUACAAGCCAGGCAUAUCUUUCAACAGAAAGUGAUACUAAAAUUCCUUCAAGCCGGUUUCAGAUCCCAGAAUUGCAGGAUAGGCUUUUGAGAAUAUCACAGCUUAUCCAACCACAACAAGACAAUCUGAAUGCACUUCAGCAGCAGUUGGCUGCUCAGAGGGAGGCCAUUUUCCAGCUCAGAGAGGAGGCUCAGGAAGAACUGCUAACACAUAGACCAAACGAGUGGAAGGGAAGACCAUCUCCUGAGCACUUUGGCACCUCUUCCUUACCCGAGAAGGCACAGCAUUCAUUCGCAUCAUUUCCUCUUUUGGGAACUGAAAGAAUUCAAGAAGCUAGUCCAAGCAGCAGUGAUUAUACGAUCUCCUCAAGUCAUUCUGAGAGGCAAAGGUUACCUGACAGGCUGUUGGGUUUAUCGCAUAGUGUUUUGCCUCAGCAAGAUGAUUUGAUUUCACGUCAGGAACAUUUGCAUGCACAGACAGAUUUCCUUUCUUCUAUUGAAAAAACCCCAAAAGAUCUUAUUUUGCCCAAGCAAGAUAAUUAUGAGGGAGAAAUGCCUUCUGACCACUUUUUCCAAACUCACCAUGAUGAGUUGAAGGCACUUCAACAGCAGUUAGAUGUACAGAGGGAGGCCAUUCGAUCUAGACAGGAAGUUCAAGAAGAACUGCUUUUUGAAAGACUGAGUAAUUUGGAGAAAAGGGUGUCAUCUGAGCAGGUUAGCUCCUCUUCAUUCUUACCCUUGCAGGCAUUGCCUGUUGCUGAUUCUCAGAGAACUCAGAAGUGUUUGCCAACUGAAGGGACUGGUACUCUUCCUUCCAGUCAGCCUGAAAUCCCAAGAUCACAGCAUAGGCUUCUGAGUUUAUCACCACCUAUGCACCACCAAGGUGAAGUGACAGCACAGGUGUGUUCCAGUGAGACACCCCAAGAAAAAUUGCUUUUAAAUAGUCAAAGUAAGUUAAACAAAAUUGAACCUGUUCAUCAUUCCAUCUCCUCGUGUUUGUUCGAAGAAACAGAGCAUUUGUUUAUUCCACUACCUUUUGCUGAAGGUAAACCUAAAAGUGUUUGUGAAUUGCAUUCAUCUAAGAAUGAACAUGCCCCUCCUCCAAGCAAUUCUGUAAUCUCAAGCCUUCAGGAUGGGCAUUUGAGUCUUUCACAGCCUGUGUUAGCUCAGCAAGAUAACUUGGGUCUUCAGAAGCAGGUGGAUUUUGAAAGAGAAGUUCUAUGUUACAGCCAGCAGGCCCAACAAGAACUGCUGGUGCAGACACAAACAACCCUACAACAGCAGAUCCAGAGGCAUCAAGAGAUUUUGAAGGAUUUCUUUAAAAUUAAUCAGACAAGUAAUCCCACAAUUGAAAAUGAUGUAAAAAUGCAGGAGAUGGAACAGCUGAGGGAGUGGCUCCCUCAGACGCGCGAGCAAGCAAGCAGUGAGGAGGGCAGCAGUCGUGCAGAAAGGAGCAGCUCUGAUGAUGAUCUGCUGCUUUCAGAACAUCCUGGUGCCAAGCUGAGUGGUAAAGAUAGUACUCAUUUUAGUAAAUUGGGUAGUAGAUCCUCAAAGCCACCUGUAGCACAAGUUAAAUGUGGAUUGGAUGUGAAGCAACAUGAACUCAGUGCUAUUCAAGAAGUAGAAUCUCCAGCAAGCGUCAGAACUUCAAUGCCAGGUAAACCUGAUUUCUCUCAGGACAGAGACCCCUUAAGGGUCUCAGUAAGCCGAGAACAAAGUUUCCUCGGGAACCUACUGCCCGGUGAUCCACUUGAUUAUCUUCAAAUGGUUGAUGACGAUGACAAAGCAGUCCAGGUCAAGGAAUCUGAGGUCGAAACUCAUGCCAUAUUAAGUUUUGCUAUGGAAGAAGAGUAUACCUGUCCGAGUCCAACUGUAAAGUCCAAUGAUAAGGCUGAAACACAAGAAAUUUCUCCUGAGCCAAUAUCCUCAGGAACCCUUUCUACUGGGAGCUUUUUAAGUUAUGAAAACAUAGAUUUGAGCCUCACAGAUUCAGAGCACAUGGACAAUAGGGAACAAGAAUCUGGUGCCGGUAAAGAAGAGAAAGCAGGUAUUUUCAGCUCUCCCUCAGUACAGGUUGUCUCUCAGCAACAGAAUGCUUCUGGCAUUCAUAAGUCUCUGAGGCUUGUGAUGGAAGACUUUGCAUCUGGUCACACACUUUUAAUUCUAAAUUUAUCUCUUUUUUUGCUCAAAAUUCCAGCAGUUGACCUUGACUUCCCAGAAUUGGAACACGUUUUUCCAAAUUUGCAUCGUCAGCUUUUUAAACCGUUAGAACCACAUCCAGAUUCUGCUUUGUCACCAUCAUCCUCUGGGAUUUCUGCAGAUAAUGGAGACUUUUACCAGAUGUUAAAUUCUUCCUCUGACAUCCGUCGUGCCCCUUCGUCAUCCAAAAGGUCAGUGUCUGUCACAGCCCUGAGGAGGAGCAGCUUUCAUUCUCUUCCCAGUAGCAGCCUGAACCAGCCGACUGCCGUGGCUCUUCCUGCAGUUCAAACUUUUUCCACAGAGCAUAUUGGAGGUGAGUCAGAACAAUCUUUUCAACAACUUCUACCUGAAUUUUCCUCCCAAGAAGGGAACCAGCAUGUUCAUCUCCCAAGUAUUUUUAGUGUGGAAGGCAUAGAUAAUCAGAACUACCUCUCUGAAGAACAGAGUGAAAUACUACAAAAUAAGAAGAAAGCUGUUCAUUUCCAGCUCUCUGCAGAACGUUUAAGUUCAGUCUGUAGCUCAUCUGAUGAGGGUAACAUGUUUGGUCAGGUGCAUGUAAAUCAUAGCACACCAUGUGGUUCAACCUCCAGUGAGUGUUCGAUAAAGCAACAAUUAGAAGGAAAGGAAGAACUGUCAGAAAGAAGUGUUAAAAUGUCACAAAGCCAAGAAAUCACUGAAAAUGGAAAGAAUAAAGCCUAUAGGGCUUUUACUGUAAAUCCACAAAGAGAUUUUGAUUCCCAACUAUGUGUAACAAUGGAGAAAGGACCUUCCGUUCAGAUAUCCCCUCUGUUAGCCAUUCAAAGUGAAAAAUGCUUGGAGACCUCAACCACAGCUGAAACUCCAGCUAUCUCAGAAACUGAAUUAUUUUCCUUACAGAGCUCAGUUCCGAUCUGGGAAACAGAAUCUGGGCAUGGAAUAAUGGAAGAACCAGAACUUACUUUAAUAAGCACCAGUGACAUCAGCAUUACCGAAACAGAUUUUGCCAAUUUAACAUUAGAAGAAAAAGGAGAAAACGAGGCAAAAACCAGUUUCCAGGUGACUGAAUUUCUGCCGCUUGGGUCAGAAACACAAACAGAUGAUCUGCUGGUGUCACAGUGUUCUCCAGACCAGUCAACAACAGCAUCUGCAGAAACACUGGACACCACACCAGGGAGCUUACAAGAAGCAUUUUUAAAAAGAAAAAAAUCCUUUAUAGAAAGAUCCUAUCAGAGGCAGAAAGAAAUUCGGAACAAGGCUCAUGUUCGUAAUUCUCAGAUAAAGGCAACUAAAGAAUCAGCUACAGGUAAUUUUUCAGGUCCAUUUGUGAAUUGCUUAAAAGGUGUGAACAGAGUAUCCAUUUCUGAAGAUAGGAAGACCGCACAGUCCCUCAUGCACCAAAGGGCUUUAAGAUUACACAAUCAGUUGGCAGAAGUGAGAAAACAAAAGGAAGAGAAAGCAAAGCAAGAAGUUUAUGCCAAAAACAGAGCAAGUACAAAAGAAUUUCAUAAGAAAGUGCUACAGAAACUUCGAGCCAAAAAUACAUGACUUCCUACAAACCAGUGUAAAGUUUAUUUUUAUGCUUUGUAAUAAGGUAUAAUUACUUAAAGCUAAUAAAUUUUUAUUUAAGGAGU